AUGGGUAUUCGUUUGCUAUCUGUGAUUUCCAGUGUGAAGCAAUUCCAAAAAUUGCACUCUGUUGUUACUAGGAAUCAUAUAUCAGAUGUUCCAAAAGGACAUUUUGCAGUUUAUGUGGGAGAAACUGAGAAGAAGAGGUACGUGAUUCCAAUUGCAUGCUUAAAUCAUCCUUCGUUCCAGGAUUUGUUACGAAAAGCAGAGGAAGAGUUCGAGUUUCAACAUUCAAUGGGUGGUCUCACAAUACCCUGCAAUGAGGAUGCUUUUUUUCAUGUCACUUCUAGAUUGAACACUUCUUUAUAA